CUGUCCCACUCCUACCUGCGCGGCUGGUUGAGGGAGAAGUAGAGGGGGGGAACCAAAAGCAGAAUUACCAGUAGCUCUGGUUCUGCCGUCCUGGGAGCUCGCUCUCUCUCACACACACCUCUACACACACACACCACACACACACACACCUUCACCUGCACAGACUUGAAAGUCCAGUUCCACCAGCGAGACUGAGGCACCUGGAAAAGGGGAGAGAGUUCAUUGGAUCAAACAUGUCACAAGAGACGGACAAUAAAAACCGGCUUGUGACCAUAGUGCCGAGUGAUGCAGCAUUCAAUACCAGAAGGGCGUAUACCAGUGAAGAUGAAGCUUGGAAAUCCUAUCUGGAGAAUCCCUUAACAGCGGCUACCAAGGCUAUGAUGAGCAUAAAUGGAGAUGAGGAUAGUGCUGCUGCGCUUGGAUUACUGUAUGAUUAUUAUAAGAUUCCCAAAGACAAGACGAGAUCGUUGUCUGUUAAUAAAGUGAGCGAUAAUCAAGAAGACCAAGAUAAAAGAAACUGUCUUCCCACCAACGAAACUCAGAGUAACCUCAGCAACAAUGGUGAAAACAGAGUGCAAGUCUUGAAGACUGUGCCGGUCAACCUUUCUUUGAACCAGGAGCAGCUGGAUAUUUCCAAAAGGGAGCAGUUUAAUUCGAAUGUAUCUGGAAGCCCAACCUCCAUUUCUGUGACAGGAGUUAUGGUAGUGAAAGCCGAAGAGUACACUCCUAUUUAUAUGGCUCCAUCUGUGCAUUACGCCCGAGGAGAAAAUGAAGAACAUAGAGGUGUUAUAUUUGAACAUGCGCAUUAUGAAGUGCCAAGCAUCACAGCCCAUUCGACUUAUGCAAAAGAUGAUCAGCGAAGCACUCCGGAUAGUACCUACAGUGAUACUUUUAAAGAUGGAGGGGCAGAGAAAUAUCGCAGUGGUUCUGUGGGGCCCGAGGAAUAUAUUUAUGAACAGACAGCCAACAGCACAUUUCGGUAUACUUUAGAAGCCACCAAAUCGCUACGUCAAAAGCAAGGAGAAGGCCCAAUGACCUACUUGAACAAAGGACAGUUUUAUGCCAUAACCUUGACAGAGACGGGGGACAACAAGUGUUUCAGACAUCCCAUCAGCAAAGUCAGGAGUGUGAUUAUGGUUGUGUUCAGUGAAGAUAAAAAUCGGGACGAACAGCUGAAGCACUGGAAGUACUGGCAUUCCCGGCAACACACAGCCAAACAGAGGGUCCUUGACAUCGCUGAUUACAAAGAGAGCUUCCAUACCAUUGGGAAUAUUGAAGAAAUCGCCUAUAAUGCUGUUUCCUUUACUUGGGAUGUCAAUGAAGAAGCAAAGAUUUUCAUCACAGUGAACUGCUUGAGCACAGACUUUUCUUCACAAAAAGGAGUCAAGGGUCUUCCUUUGAUGAUUCAGAUUGAUACGUACAGCUACAAUAAUCGCAGCAAUAAACCCAUCCAUCGAGCUUUCUGCCAGAUCAAGGUUUUCUGUGACAAGGGAGCUGAGAGGAAAAUCCGAGAUGAAGAAAGGAAGCAAAACAGAAAGCGAUCAAAAACCCCAUUAUCUCAGCCCCCAUGUAGCAAUGCUGAAGGAAAACUGACCACUGCUGCCCUCCAAAAGAAGAGUGAUAUCACCUUCUUCAAAACAAUGGCAGAUCUGGAGUCUCAACCUGUACUGUUCAUUCCAGAUGUUCAUUUUGGGAACCUUCAAAGAGCUGGACAGGUUUACUAUAACACCGAUGACGAGCGAGAAGGGAGUAUAUUGGCUAAGCGGAUAUUCCGGCCAGUAGAAGAGGACUUUGUCACACCUCCAUUAAAGCAAAUAAAAGAAGAAGGAUCAAAAAGAGUGUUGUUAUAUGUGAGGAAAGAAGCUGAUGAAGUAUUUGAUGCUUUGAUGUUAAAGUCCCCCACUGUAAAGGGAUUAAUGGAAGCAAUUUCUGAGAAAUACGGCCUUCCAGGCGAAAAGAUCACAAAGCUUUAUAAGAAGAGCAAAAAGGGAAUCCUGGUCAAUAUGGAUGAUAACAUCAUCGAACAUUAUUCCAAUGAAGACACUUUCAUCCUAAACAUAGAAAGCUUGGUGGAAGGUUUCAAGGUCACAUUGACAGAGAUCUAGCUAAAUUCUUCUGCCGCCCUGGAAGCCACCACAUUUCUCCCUUAUAUCAAGGAAAGGAAUGUUUCUCUUAGAUCCUGAAGACCUGCUGGGGCCAAGAAAAGAGGCUGUUACAAAACCCAACUGACCACAUCCUUAGAGUUUGGCAGAGGAAACAAACCCUCUUAGUUACUGACAAGUGUGUUUAAGUCAAGAUAUACCAACGUUCCAUGACAACGUUCCUUAUUUAUUGCUGCUCACUUUGCAGUAUGUAAAUAAUCUAUGGACCCCAGACUUCAUGAUCUCACUCACCGGAAGGAGAAAACAAUGACUU